AUGGGUUGUAGAGAUCACAAAGGUGUCUUGCAUGCCCAAGGGGAAUGGGGGAAAAAUCAUUCAGUCAUAUCUAGGCUAUUUCAAGGGCUAGCUCAUCUUGCCAAGGCGAUCAGAUCCCAACUUGGACCUGUGUCUUCACCAGCCCAGUUACAAGUGGGCACACCCGCACACAAAGCUUGGGCUCAAUGGCAGCAAUCUGGCAUACACACUUGGUAUUUCAAAUCCAACGACCGAGUACUUUCAUUCGACAAUCCUGUGGGCAUAGAAUCGCCGGAUGCGGACCACGAGGUAUCAUCAAGCAAACUUUUCAGAAGAGCUUCAACGGCGAUGAGGAAUAAGCGUAAAACUCAAGAGGACUGGCCUAAACGUCAAGUAUCCGAACGAAUCCCGUGGGCUGAAUAUAUCGCCACUGUAAAUGAUGAGAAGGAUUUUCCACCUCAUCUUCACCAAAUCAUUUCACCGACUACUACCACUCCUUCUUCAUCCAACCUCAUAGAGAUGUCCUCUGUGGACUCUGACUCUGAAUCGAUCAACAUUGAAGAAAGGAGUCUUGAUAUAGUCAUAGAAGAUCAAUUCGAUCAUACGAUGUUCCUCCACACACCCCCACGCGUCCCACCGCUGGACCAAUCGAUGAUCAUUGCUCCUGCUGUUGAUAUCGCAAGGAACAUCCCUUUACCCCCAAGUCCGAUGUCAUCUGCAACUUCUUUGGUGGAAACAAAACAAGAUAGGUCAUAUAUUGAUUUGGUCAAGGUGUUAUGUGGAAUACUCAAGCUGGAAUUAGAUAAAAAACCUUCCAGCUGUAUGGACAAAACAGAGAUAAUUAUCUCGAAGCACUACUAUGAGCUUUAUCCCCACAUCCCUCAACUGAUUACAUCUCUCGGAGGCAGUAUCUUUAUCGACUCCAAAUCGCCCAAACCGCUUACUUGCGGGGUACAACGAUAUGCCAUCGAUAUAGAUUGGUCGUUAGGCAGGAACGGUAGCAGCAAAUCGAACACAUUGAUCGAUGAUGAGUCGCCAAAAUUGGAUUUCCAGGGGCUUUUCAACCUCAUUCGUGACCUGAGAGAGAAAGAACUUUCACCUGGAAAUGAUGAUAACGGUUCAGGUGAUCUUCUUACUUUCUAA